GACUCUGCUGCUGCUGCUGCGCUGCCACACUGUCUGGGGAGACAAGAAAGUGCAGCUGCCCUGCUCGCUAGGAAAGUCCUGGAAGCGAGGGUUCAGGAUGUGUGGCAUCUGGGCCCUGUUUGGCAGUGAUGAAUGCCUCUCCGUGCAAUGCCUCAGUGCAAUGAAAAUCGGACACAGGGGACCCGACGCGUUUCGAUUUGAAAAUGUCAACGGUUUCACCAACUGCUGUUUCAGCUUCCACCGGCUGGCUAUUGUGGAUCAGUUGUAUGGUAUGCAACCCCUUCGUAUCAAGAAGUUCCCUUAUUUAUGGCUUUGCUACAAUGGGGAGAUUUACAACUACAAGCAGCUGCAGAAACAUUUGGGUUUUGAGUAUCAGACUCUGGUGGACGGGGAAGUUAUUCUUCAUCUCUACAGUAAAUAUGGAAUAGAGAAGACGGCUGCCUUACUGGAUGGAGUUUUUUCUUUCAUCCUUCUGGACACAGCCAACCGGAAGGUGUUUCUGGGAAGAGACUCGUAUGGAGUCCGGCCACUCUUCAAGCUCCUCACUGACGAUGGGUUUUUGGCGGUUUGCUCUGAAGCAAAAGGCCUCAUUCAUAUAAAGCACUCAAUGACCUCGUGUCCUAGGGUUGACCCAUUCCCACCCGGCCAUUGUGAAGUUUUUGAUUUGAAACUUAGCGGGAAAGUCGCGUCCGUUGAAUUGGUGAAAUUCCACAAUUUCAAAGAGGAACCUCAGCACGCGGCGUACGACUCCCUGGGAAAGCUGCAGGCAGGGAUGGAUCGUGAAACGGUUAAAAGAAACAUUUGUCUCCUGUUUGAGAGCGCUGUCAGGAAACGAUUAAUGGCGCACAGAAGAAUCGGCUGUCUCCUGUCAGGUGGUCUGGACUCCAGCCUGGUUGCUGCAACUCUUCUCAAACUAAUGAAAGAAAGCAAUAUACCGUACCCCUUGCAGACAUUUGCAAUCGGAAUGGACGAUAGCCCUGAUUUAAUGGCUGCAAGAAAGGUAGCCAAUUACAUUGGCAGCGAACAUCAUGAAGUAAUGUUUGAUUCAGAAGAGGGGAUUCUAGCCGUGGAUGAGGUCAUCUUUUCCCUGGAAACCUAUGACAUCACCACAGUGAGAGCGUCUGUCGGAAUGUAUUUGAUUUCCAAGUACAUACGGAAAAACACAGACAGCGUGGUUAUAUUUUCCGGUGAGGGCUCGGAUGAGCUUACCCAAGGGUAUAUAUAUUACCACAAGGCACCAUCCCCAGAAGAGGCUGCAGAAGACAGUGAGCGUUUACUGCGGGAACUGUACAUGUUUGAUGUACUCCGUGCUGACCGCACAACUGCUGCACAUGGCCUAGAGCUCCGAGUGCCUUUCCUUGAUCACCGUUUUACCGCCUACUAUCUAUCUCUGCCUCCAGAACUCCGAAUUCCCAAGAAUGGAAUAGAAAAAUACCUCCUGAGAGAGGCGUUUGAGAGCUCCAACCUCCUGCCCACAGAAAUCCUGUGGAGACCUAAGGAGGCUUUCAGUGACGGCCUGACAUCUGUUAAAAAAUCCUGGUUUACAAUUCUGCAGGACCACAUAGAACAUCAGGUAGAUGACAGUAUGCUGGAGAAGGCUACUGACACGUUCCCCUUUAAUCCCCCCAAGACAAAGGAAGGCUACUUCUACCGGCAAAUCUUUGAGAAGUACUACCCAGGGCGUGCUGAUUGGCUGUCUCAUUACUGGAUGCCCCGCUGGAUUCAGGCUACUGAUCCCUCUGCCCGCACACUCAAGCAUUACAAGUCUGAUACCAAUGCAUAGAGGGUCUAAUUCAUAUCUGAUCGCAGCAGCAAAAAUGUUCUCUAAUGGGCAAAUCCACGUGCACUGCAGAGGGGGCAGAUAUAACAUGUGCAGAGAGAGUUACAUUGUUUCUGUGCAGGGUAAAUACUGGCUGCUUUAUUUUUACACUGCAAUUUAGAUUUCAGUUUGAACACCCAAAUCUAACUUUCUCUGCACAUGUUAUAUUUGCACAUAGUUUUGCCCAUUAGAGAACAAUUUUGCUACUGCGAACAGGUCUGAAUUAGGCCCAGAUGCCCAGAGUCUCUUCAGCCAUUCAUUCCUACUUGCUCUUUCAAUAAAUUCUCACCUGUGCAUUUUA